CAGUCUUCAACAGUCCAAUUUUGAGGAAACAAAGCCCAAACCCAAACUUUUUAUGCCAAACCUAGUGCCUUUGAAAAUUCCAGAUGGAGAAAAAGUGGAUUUUGAUGAUAUUCACAGAAAACGUAUGGAAAAGGAUUUAACAGAACUUCAAACACUGAUUGUAGCUCACUUUGAGAGUCGCAAGAAGGAAGAAGAAGAAUUGUUGGCUUUGACCGAGCGCAUGGAGAAACGAAGAGCAGAACGAGCAGAGCAGCUAAGGAUUCGAACUGAAAGGGAGAAGGAGAGGCAGGCCAAAUUGGCAGAAGAACGUGCUCGCAAAGAAGAAGAGGAAAACAGGAGACGAGCUGAAGAAGAUAACAAGAAAAAAAAGGCACUAUCAAACAUGCUCCACUUUGGCGGCUAUCUUCAAAAGACUGAGAGAAGAGGAGGGAAAAAGCAGACAGAACGAGAGAAGAAAAAAAUGAUCUUGGCAGAAAGAAGAAAACCAUUAAACAUUGAGAAGUUGAAUGAAGAAAAGCUGGGAUUAGAAGCUCAGAAGCUGUACAACCAGAUAUACCAAUUGGAAGCUGAAAAGUUUGACCUCCAAGACAAAUUUAAGAAGCAGAAAUAUGUGAUUAAUGUAUUGAGGAACAGAGUUACAGACCACCAAAAGCUUAAAAGCUCCAAAGGACCCAGAGCUGGAAAAGGUAUUCUAGGAGGACGGUGGAAAUGAACAUUUUUAUCACAAAGAAAAAUGUUGCACACUGUGUAAACAUGAAAAUAAAUAAUGGAUAAAUGAAAAACACAGAAAACAUUUGUUCCUCUUAAUAAACAAAAAUAGUCCAAUUAAACAAUUUGUAUAUGA